AUAAACAACUAAGGAAAUUAUGCUAAAAGUAGGUUAGAAUAGUCCUUUUAUAGUAGCAGCUUCCAAACAGUGGGUUCCCAGAAAAAUCAAAUAAACACAACCCAGAGCUUCGUGUGGCGUUCAUUUUGUGAUCUUUUGUUAGACAGGAGAGUUGUUCUUUUGAAAAAACACGUUUGUAAUAUUUUUUUAAACGAAUAUAUACUUAACCUAAAUAGGUGAUAGUACCUGAAUACGUUAUAAACAAUUCAAUAAAACGUAUUUUGCUAUAGCGACAAAAAUAAAUAGUUAAAUAUCAAGUGUAUGACAUGUAAAUCGUCUAAAAUCCAAUUAUGUUAAGGAACGUAAACGCACCACAGAUCAGAGGUUGGGGGGAAAAAAAGAAAAAGAAAAAUGGGCGGGCUCGCGCAUGCGCGCCAGCAGUGUUUGCAUUCCCUCCCCUCCCUCCAGAGAAACUGACGUCCCGUUAGUGCCGCGGCUGCUCACCGGCAGUGAUACAGCAAUACACGGUCGCGCUCCACCAUGGAAUUAACCAUUUUUUCACGACAAACACACGACUAUUCACCGGACACCGUCGUUUAUUCUCACUAAAUGACUUAAUCUUUUUAUUUUUUGUCGUUUUUUGGUUUCGGUGUCGUCGGUCAGAAGAGGAAUGGAUGCGACGGCUGGUUUCCUGCGACACAGAGCGGUCAGCUAAAAGGUUUCAACAUAUAUAUAUAUUUUAAAUAGUACAAAAUAAUGUUAUUUAUCGCAUUUUUUAACUGUUUGCUUUAAGUAAAAAGCUAAAGUUCUGAGUUAGGGUUGGUAAUCGCUUCUGCCGACCCAGCUCGCAGCUAUCUACAACCUAGCUAGAAUUGUUGCAGUCCAACAGUAUUUAAUUUCGCUACAUUAAAUAUGGUUGUCUAAGCUUUCCGAUCAUGGAUUAAUAUUGUGAAGUGGAGCGCCACCUGUAAGCUCGUGUUUCGCCUCAAAGCUUCUUUGUCUUAUUUUUUUUCCUCCCGUUUUAAGGACAUAAAUCAUAUGACUUGCCACUUAUGGCUUCGUAGUAUCGCGGUACUGCAGCUAACUAGCCUCUAAGUUAGCUGGUUGGCAGAUAAUCGUUUGCAGCUUUGUCGUCCUGAGAAACCCGACCAAGAUGCACCACCAGCAGGACUUAUCCGGGGAGUCGUCGGGCUCCGGGAGCCGCAGGACGUCUUUCCACUUCAGGAGGGGAAGCAGCGGGGCGCCCGCCUCUGCUGCUGCUGCUGCAGCCGGCGGAGGUGGAGGGAACCCGGCUGAGGACAGCCCGGCUCAGGCCGGAUCCUCCUCCCCAGCUCUCCAUCACCAGAGUCAAGGAACUCAGGUGAAGAAGAAGAGCGGCUUCCAGAUAACCAGCGUCACCUCUGCUCAGAUCAGUGUGAGCGGGAAUAACAGUUUGGCGGAUGACACUGAGAGUUAUGAUGACAUGGACGAGUCCCACACUGAGGACCUGUCCUCGUCCGACCUGCUGGAUGUGUCCGUGUCAAAGGCCACGGACAAAGGAGUGCCGGAGAGAAGCUCCUCCGACGAGACCUUGAACAGUCUCCACGGGGUGGACACACCUGGGCUUGUGUCGCCCAACGAGCCGCUGCAGCCUCACAGCAUCCUUCAGCAUCACUCGUCUUUGGUGAACGGGGCCGUGCACCACCCGUUCUACCCUCAGACCAGCCACCAGCACCACCACUCCGACAGCUUAGGCGGAACUGAACCGGCCACUCUGCCAGUUCAACCCCUGGGUAGCUCCAGCCCGUCUUUACUCUCUAAAGCUGGUCCCAGCCAGACCCAGAGGCCGGCGGCGUUGGAUGGCUCCAAAUCUUUAGUCGUGGUGGGACAGCAAUUAACCCCUGUCAUUGGGACUGAUACAAACAUAAAAGGGGGCGUGACUAUUCCGAGUUCAUCCGCUGCCCCAGCGACGCUUUCAAGUUUGGAGCCGGGGCAACUGGCUUCGGGAACGGGCCACGGCACUCAGACGCAGCACACACAGACGGCCACGGGCUCCCGCUUCCGGGUGGUCAAGCUGGACACGAACUCUGAGCCGAUUCGGAAAGGGAGGUGGACGUGCACGGAGUACUACGAGAAGGAGGUUCCGCAUCCGGCGCCGCCCGAGGGGCCGAAAGCUGCAGACGCGGCCGCCGAGACUGAACCGGGGAACGCCGGGAUAAGCCCGGCUAUUCCUGCCAUGCAGCCGCCUCACACGCUGCAGCCGUACCAGCCUCCAAGCCAAGACUUCACCAGCCCACAAGCCAUGCAGAGCCCCCCCCAGACGGCGCCUUUGAACUACAUUUCACCGCAGGAGGUUGUCGGGACAGUUCACCUCCAAAAACCAGCCGUGGUUCCUGCAGCUGCACCAAAGAUCGAUGGAAGUCCUUUGAUAAUACCCCAGCAGUUGCCCUACGCUGUUGACCCACAGGGAGGAUACCCCCCACCUCAACUGCACCCCAGUGGGGUAGUACCUCCAGGUAGCAUCAGGCAGCCGGACUUUAUCCAACCCACCGCUCCUUUCCAGACGCAAGUGCAGCCUCCGCUCCCCCAUCCGGCGGCGGGAAUCCCCGUAACCCCAGGGGUGGCGGUCCCGCCCCAGCAGCCAGUGAACAUCACGCAGCAGCUGCCACUUCAUGGUCAACUGCCCCAACCGGCUCCGGUGGCUUUUGCCGCCAGUCAUCCACAACCACAAAUCCACCCCUCGUCCCACGGGAGCCCCUACAUGCCCCUGACCGCCCUGCAAGCCGACCUCAAGCCCCUCCUGGCGUCGGGGGUGAGCAUCCCCCACGUCCCUGCAGGAGGGAGCUUGGUGAAGAGCUCCCAGCUGGAGGAUGCCCAGAGGCUGCUGCUCCAGCACCAGGGCCUGCUGGGCCUGCCCAGGCUGGGGGUGGCG